CGCAGGACACCAAGCAAUCAGAGAGGUAAUCCAGAUGAAAAAGAUAAAGAAGGGAUGUAUGGCGAAGCUACAAGACCAAAAAAAAACUGGUACUGGAUGGGAAAUCGUUGACCAAAAAUGUCGGUAGGGCAAUCCACUUAGCAGGAGUAAGUCUACAGGAGGAAGAAGAUUAUAGAUUACUGAGGGCUAUAAGUGAAGAAGGGAGAAACCGACAAGAUUGCAAUUAUGGCCGGCCCCAGAGUGGUAAACGUAAGGUUCCGCAAGAUGGUGGAGUGUGCCCUCAGGGGUGCGGUAGAGGAGAUAAUACUCUUUGAUAUGGACAUGCAACUGGUGGAGGAGGGGGAGAAAUGGGCUGCUAUAACGAGAAGCAAGAAGCAGAAAGCGCCAGCUAUCAUUAUUACAAAUAAGGAGAAGGCAUAUGAGGAUAUUCUGAGAGACCUGAAAUCAAAAAUAAAAGGAGAUAGGGUACCGGAAGGGAUUAAGGCUAUCAGGAAGACUAGAACAGGAGACAUGAUAGUUGAAUUGGAGAACGAAGAGAGCAUAAAUGCACUAAAGAAGGAGAUUGACAAAAAUAUCUGUGGAGCAAAUGUAAAAAUACUUAAGGGGAAAAAAACGGUGCUACACAUAUAUGACGUAGACGCGGUGACAACGGCCGAGGAUAUAGUAAGUGCGGUGGAGUCGCUUACGGGCGAGGGCACAGCUGAGGUCAGAUCGUUAAGGCCUAUGGAGGGUGGCCGGCAGGCGGCAACGGUAGACAUGGAAGAGGAGGCGGCAGCUAAGCUAAUAAAGGAACGAAGUAUUAGGAUAGGAUGGACCCAGUGUAGACUAAAAGAAAGGGUAGAAGUGAAUAGAUGCUACAGCUGUGGAAGCAUCAACCAUAUAGCUAGAUAUUGUAAGGAGCCCCCGAUGGGGGAAAAGUGCAGGAAAUGUGGAGGCGAAGGGCAUAAAGCCGCCGAGUGUAAGGAGACCAAAACAUAUUGCUGGACCUGCAAAACAGAUGGUCACAGAAACGCUAGCUUCAAGUGCCCAGUAUUCAGGGAUGCGGUAAGAAAAGGUGAAAGAAGGUUUAGUACCCGGUGA